AUGUCUCAAUUCGGUGGUGGAAAGCCACCCGGUCAAUGGGGACGCCCAACUGCUCCUGGUGCCGCUGGUCAAUUGCCAGGCUUCCCAGCCGUUAAUGUCGGCGCAUUUCCCAUGGUCGGUAUGGGAGUCCCAAUGGGAAUGGUCAAUCAAGCAGCGUUCUCAUCGCCCAAUGUACUCGGAAUGCAAGGAAUCAUGGGAGCCGUUCCUCAACAAUCCCUUGCUGCUCAACAACAAGCGGGUGCAACUUCAAAGAAUCAGCGCACAUUUGUUGGUGUGGUUACAAAAAUGCACGACACUUACGGAUUUGUUGAUGACGAUGUGUUCUUCCAGCAUAGUGUUAUUCGCGGAGCUCAUCCAAGAGUCGGAGACAAAGUAAUGGUUGAAGCGAACUAUAAUCCCGCAAUGCCUUUUAAAUGGAAUGCGUAUCGCAUUCAAUUGCUGAAUGCUGCUUCUCAAGCUCCACCAGAUCCAGCAAGACCUCCACCACAACAACAAAUGGGAUCUACUCGGCAGGCCGAGCAAUCUCGUUGGGGUUCCGACCGCAAUGGACGCAACGAGUCACCUCCACGGAGUGGAAAUUCAUCUCGCCGUUACUCACCCCCAAGACGAUCACCGCCUCGACGCUCACCCCCACGCCGCUCCAGUCCGAAGCGAGAAAUUCCGAGAGGUAGGGAUUCUCGAGAUUCUCGCCGAAGUCCUCCUCCUCGUCGUGCUUCGCCGCCUGCUACCAGGCGAUCUUCACCACCAUCGCGCUCGGAUAGAAAACGAGAGCGAAGUCCGACUGGUAGUGUAGUAUCUUCAUCAGUUCGUCGUGAAAGUGCCAGCCCUCCUAGAAGACGCGCAAGGAUUAUACCAAGAUAUGAAUGUAGAACUCAGAAGCCUGUUAUAUUAUCUGAUGUGGUUUCUGGAAAUAUUCUCCGAACUCGUUACACCAAGCUGUACUUACCAUCUGAUUUUGUUGAUUUGACAUACGAUUGGAUUAAAACAGUUCAAUUGGACUUCUCUUUGGAUAUUAACGAUCCAGUGCGAUUUCAUGUUUUCCACAAGGACGUUGAAUACUUUGGAAAAGAACCAUUACCGGAUAUUGAGCCUGAGGAUGCUGAUCAUCGGCAUCAGGUCCGUGUGAUGUUGAUUUCGCACAACGGAAAAGCUGAUGUUGUGAAAAAGGCGUUCUGUUUGUUGGCUGACGGAAGCACUGACGACCAUCAAGAGCCACAAUCUAUUUUCAAAAACUUGAAUUUUCUCGUCGGUGUUCGUGGAAAAGAAAUUAUGGGAAUCGGAGGUAGUUGGUCGCCAUCGUUGGAUGGAUCUGAUCCACACUCACCAGCAACUUUGAUCAAAACUGCUAUUCGAACCACAAGAGCGCUAACUGGAAUUGAUUUGACUCCAGUUUCUCAAUGGUUCUCGAUGCUGCAAUUGCGCUACUACCGUUCCGAUAAGCAACGCGUCGAUCACGUUCAUCUGUUGUUCGCCGACACACAACAUUUGGUGCCAGAUGAUGCUGCAUGGUCAGCGGCUGAGCUGGCAAUUGGCGAACAAUACAAGCAGAGGCUCGAAGUUAUCGACUCCAUGAAGAUUGAGGAAGAGGUGGAGCAAGACGAGCCGAUUUCUGAGGACGAGAAACCGAAAAUUGAGGAGGUUAAUAAGCAGGAGGCGCCUGUUGAGACGGCUCCUUCUGGUAAUGACGAGGCAGCCAAGGAAAGUAUCAUGGAAACUGACAACUCCAAUGAAGUAUCAAUGGCAAGUGAGAAUGGAGAUGGAGAAGAAGAUGUGAAUCUAAAUCAGUCUGGACCCACGAAUUGGACCAAACUUGAUCCGAAGAGUAUGAAGGUAGCCGAACUCCGUAUCGAACUGGAGCUUCGUGGUCUUGAAACCAAAGGAAUCAAGACGCUUCUUGUUCAACGUCUUCAAACCGCAAUUGAUGCUGAAAAACUUUCGGAGAAGGAUAAUGCCGCUAACGCUGCCGCCGCUGCUGUUGCUCCUGCCGCUCAAGAUGUUGAAAUGAAGGAAGUUUCACCUGUGAAGCAAGAAGUCACUGAUGAAAACCCGGCUGCUUUCAUAGCUCCACCAGUUGAAGAAACUCGCGCUAAAAGUGAGGCUGAAGCAAAGAAGGAGCAGAAAAUUGCAGAGGAUCGUAAAAAGAAGGAAGAAGCACUUGAGAAAGAAAAGAAGGAAAAACGUGAAAAGCUCGAGAAGCAUUUUUCACUGCCCAAAGAGAAGAAGAUUCUUGUUUUUCCAUCGAAAACCUAUAAGUCUGGAAAGUUUGACUGUAAAACCGUCAGCAUGAGCACACUUCUUGAUUAUCGCGCUGAUGAUAACAAAGAAUAUCAAUUCGAGAUUUCGUUAUUCGCCGAAGCUUUCCGCGAAAUGCUUGAACGCAAUGCAGCAUUCACAAUCUAUGAAACAUUAGUUAAUUGUGGUGAUAAGGAUAUUGAGAAGAAGAGAAGAGAAGAAGCUCGCGAAAAACCUGUUGAGGAACCGGCAAAGGAAGCGACUGAGCCUGCCGCUGCACCGACUGAAAGUGCAGAAAAGGAAGAAAAUGGAGAAGCUCCUGUUGCUGAAAAGGACGAACCGAAGAAGGAGAACAAGAAAGAAGAGAAACCAGUAGUGGAAAAGAUUGAAUUGAAAAGUUUGGUUGCUAACCGCACUGUUUAUGAGGCGUUUUCGCUCUACGACGCGAAUCUCUGCGGUUACUUGUUGGAAAAAGAUAUUGAAGAAAUCCUUUAUAACGGAGAAUUUGGAAUAUCUCGAGGACAAAUUCAGAAAUUGGCGAAGAAAUUGUCAGUUCGCGAUAAAGUCAACUAUCGUCAUCUGACGGACGUGCUCAUGGACUCUGAUGGAAAUGUUAGAUAUACUCCUGGUGGAGCUGACGAUACAGUCGAGACCGAAGAUUUGAUACGCGGAUACGGUCUCGCACUGGCGAAAUCUGUUGAAAGCGGUGAAAAGAAACAAUCGGAAUCUACUACGACGGCGACGUCGGAUGGAAUUGUUGUUAUCAAUGGAAAUGUGGUGAAUGUACCGCAAAAAUUAAAGCAGCUGAAGACGGCAGAACAAGAACGUGAUGCAGCCAAAACAACUAUUAAUGAGCAAAUUUCGUUGAUUGAUCAACUUCGUGAGGCUAAAAUUGAUAUGGAGAAAAAGAAGAAAGAUAUUGAGUCGAUAUACAUGAAGACGAAUAAGAAAUUGAAUGAAGUAACUAUACAAUUGAAGACUUAUCAAGAUGAUCAAUCGGAUUUAAAGCAAGCACUUUUGGAUUGCAAGCGUUAUGCAAACCGUAUUUGUGGAGUGGUUGAGAAGGCGAUACCGCCAAAAGUCGAUGAAAAGAAGGAAAAGGAAAAAUCAAACAGCGAGAAAUCGGAAAAGAGCACUGACAAGAAAGAUGAGAAAUCGGAAACUUCAAAAGAAGGAAGUGAUGAGCAACAAACUGAGAUUGUGCUUGCUGAGGAAGUUGGAGGUGACGAAGAAGAAAAGAAGGAUAGCCCAAACGCCGACGCAGCGACCACAAAGCCUGAGGAAAUCAAAACCGAAUAA